CAUAGACCAGGAAACCGGAUCGUACCGGCCGGUUCAACUAGAAAUUGGACCAAAAGCGGUACGGUGGGCUGAUUGUGCUGAUUUUACCGUGCCGGCCGGUUUUUCCGGUUUGACCGGUUGAAUCGGUUGAACCGGCCGGUAUGAUCCGGUUUCCUGGUCUAUGAUUCAGCUUCAUUUCUCCGUAUUCUCGUCCAAUAUGUGGAAAAUAAUUAAAAAGAAUAUUAUUUUGCUAUUUUUCUAUGUUGAAAAUGGGUCACCGUGGUUGUAUAAUGCUCUAUUUGGUUCUUUUUUUGAUGGAUUAUAUUUUUUAUACUAUCGCAUUUCAUUUCUCUAUCAAUAGUGAAAAACGGUAUUUACCGGUACAAAACGGUUGAACCACGGUCGUACCACAAAAUACCAUACCAGAAAGGAAUCCGGUAUGAUGUCCGGUACGGUUUCCUUUACCAUGCUCUCUACUCCAUAAUAUCAACUUCAUUCUACACAAUUAUAAAGAACGAAUUAGACAUGUUUCCACAAACCUAAAAAAGAUUAGUUGUUUAAGGAAGAUAUAUUGCUUAGAAUAUUAAAUAUACCGGAAAAAUUAAUUAUAUAGGUGCAGGCGGGUACCCAUGGGGCGUGUAUACCUAAACCCAAACUCAACCCGUGAAUAGUGUAGUGGAUUUAAACCCAAACCCGACCCAAAAUUCAUCAACAUGGGUUUUACCCGCGUUGACCGUGUUAGGUCGGGUAGGGUACCCAUGGGUUCGGUCAACGACCACCGGAUGUAUGGUCUUCAUUGUGAGAUUUAUGGUUUGGUUUCUCAUAUUUUUUAUGCCUUUUGUGGUUUGCUUUAUCGCGUUUGUGGUUUGCAUUAAGAAGUUUCUGGUGUGCUUUAAAAAAUUUUGUGGUUUGCUUUGCGGGGUUUCUAGUUUGUUUUAAUAGAUUUGUGGUAUGCAUCAGGACGUUUCUGGUUUGUUUUUGUGGUUUGCUUUACCGUGUUUGUGGUUUGUAUUAGGAGGUUUCUGGUGUGCUUUCGCAAAUGUUGUGGUUUGCAUUGUGGGGUUUCUGGUUUGUUUUAGGGGAUUUGUGGUAUGCAUUAGGAGGUUUCUGGUUUGCAUUAAGAAGUUUCUGGUGUAUUUUCGAUACUUUUGUGGUUUGCUUUGCGGGGUUUCUGGUUUGUUUUAAUAUAUUUGUGGUCUGCAUUAGGACGUUUAUGGUUUGCUUUUUUGUGGUUUGCUGUAACGUGUUUGUGGUUUGCAUUAUGAGGUAUCUGGUGUGCUUUCGCAAAAUUUUUGGUUUGCUUUGUGAGGUUUGUGGUUUGUUUUAGGGGAUUUGUAGUAUGCAUUAGGAGGUUUCUGGUUUGUUUUAUCGCAUUUUGUGGUUUGCAUUAGGAGGUUUUUGGUGUGUUUAAGAAAUAGUUGUUGUUUGCUUUGUGUUGUUUCUAGUAUAUUUUAGGCAAUUUAUAGUAUGCAUUAACAGGUUUCUGGUAUGCUUUUGUGAUAUUUGUGGUAUGUUUUAUAAGAUUUAUAGUGUGCAUUACAAUACUUUUGAUGUGCUUUGUCCUCAUCCAUCCAUCACUCCAAUCUAAGGACCCUCUAACAUUAUUACAAGCGGUGUAAUUACCAACCCCAGAAUCUUAAAUCUGGUUGUGGUACUUCCGCUUCUCCACACCAUUUCCCUCUUCUCAAUGUCCAUUCGACGGCCGAUACACUGUAUACCCAUUCACCCCACUGGCUAAAUUUGAAAUGUCGGGGCUGAAGUAGGCCGAAGAGCCAUCAUCCUCUAAAUUUCUCAUCCCGCCUAACGAAAGAUCGGUACUCGACAUAUGCCACUGGUUAGAAACCAAGCCAUCCAUCAUCUGCCCAUUACUGUAAGGCAACAAACUAUUACCCUGUGGGAUGUAGUCCCUUAUGGAGUCAUACGGCCCCCCUCCGAAAGAACUGUACCCUCUCUGGAACACCCCGUCCUGGUAACUCCUCUACCUCUCAAACCUGCAUGAACUGCUGGUGGGUGAGGAACAUAUAUCACCACCACCGAAUGCUCCUAGUUCAUUAGGGAAAGAUGAAUGUCUACUCAAGUAGUGAGGUCUGUUGUUGCCGAAAGGGUGGAAUCCUUCAGUAGUCUUCCCAUUAACACUUUCAAAGAUUUCAAUCAAAUAAGGGGAGAAAGAAGAUUGAUGCUCCAAAAACUCAAAAUUGCAGCUCAAUAACUACAAUAGAAGCCAGCCUAUGUGUCCUGGAACCCGCGCAGUCCCUGGCGUCGUAGCAUCUUCUGAGUGGAUAACGAAUCAACCCAAUUGGAAGAACAAUGGACAGGAAGCGAUCGCUCAACCAGAUUCAUAGAUAAGCUCUCACCACACUUAAAACCUUCUUGAAACAAAUGGCGAUGCUUUCUCUUUCGCUUCCUCUAUCUCGCACCACUCCGAAAUCGUCUCUUCGUCGUCAGUUUUCUUGUAAACGACAGCUCCUUGCACUUCAUCGCUACCCUCGCACCAAAUUCACUUGUUGCUCUUCUUCUUCUUCUUCUGGUAUGUACCCAAAAUUUUUGACCCACUCCUGGCAAUGAUCUCUUUUGUUAGAACAAACACAAAGUUCUAUAAUCCUUUGCCUACGAGUGGCGACCCGGAAGAAGCAGAGCGUCUCCUGCGAGUGGUGACCGGGAAGAAGGAAACCAGUGCAGGCCCUGGUCCGAGUCGGACUACGAUUUUGAUGUCAUCAUCGGCAUUUUCGAUACCAGCGUCUGGCCCGACCGUCGGAGCUUCUCCGACACGAAUCUCGGCCCCGUUCGCUCUCGGUGGAAGGGGAUCUGCCAGGUCGAGGUCAGAUCCAUCGCUAGAAACUGUAAUAAGAAGUUAAUCGGAGGGCGAUUGUUUGAGAAAGGCAGCGCGACGGUGGCCAAUGGGCUCAGUCGGAGAGGGUCUCGCCGGUGACAGAGGAGAGAUACGAGAGAGAAUCCGUCGGCGAUAAGGGAGGAGAAGGAGAUCGGGAGACGGAGUCGGCGAUAAGGAAGGAGAAUGAGAUCGAGAGACGCAGAGAAGGUAGUUGGGUAUUGAAAAUUUAUAAUUAAUUUUAAUUUAUUAUUUUUUGUUGGUUUUCCUUUUUUACCCCCUGAUGUUACUAUAACAACACUUAUAGUGUUGUUAUUGUAUCUACACCCCUUUCAGUUUGGGCCCUCAUAGAACUAAUAACUACCGUAUUAGUCA